AUGGAAGUGCGUGUGCGAGUUUUCUUUCUCCGGUUUGAAUUAAGAACUUUUAACACUCAAAAAAUUAAAUAUUUAUUCAUUGAACAGAUUCCAAUGGAUCCUGGUUGUCUACACUUGGCUACUAUCUACCGACGUUCCAAAAAAUCAAUACCAAAGAUCGACAAUUAUUUUGCACUCGAACCCCGUAAUACAUCAGCAGACGAUGAUUCUAUAUUACACCGAGGUUUACUUACCGAAGAAGAGGAAGAGACAGCCCCUUCAGGUGACAACGUAUUAAGAAGUAACGUCACGAGAUAUAAAGAUGAUGACGAAAAUUUAAAUCGAAACGUUGAAGUUUUUGAUGCUAAUGAUAAUGAUAAUCAGAGCGCAACUAGUUUUGUUGAUACACCUGUGACAUUCCCUGAGGAACAGCAGCAACGACAGAAUAUUUUUAGUAUUAUGGAUGAAGAGGAAGACGAAGAGAAUGCAUAG